AUGGAGCUGAAUCACAUGGAUGCACUGUUGGCUCAAAACAAGAUGAUCAACAAGCAGUUAGCAGAUCUUACCAAGAAGACCCAUGAUCCAUACUCUAAAACUUACAAUUAUGGUUGGAGAAACCACCCUAAUUUUGGGUGGGGAAACCAACAAGACCAAGGCCAAGACCAAAGAUGCCACAACCACAAUCCCAACAACAAUGCAACUCACCAACAUCCCUCACAGAGAUCCUAUCAACACCCACUUAAUCACCCUUCUCAACUAUCUAACCUCAACCCACCAUCACCAACCGAAGAUAGACUUUCCAGAAUUGAGACUCUACCUGAAGACAUAUGUAAAGAAGUCCAAGACAACAGAGUGUUCAAGGAUGAAGUGCGAGCCAAUAUCAAAAACCAGGGAGAUACCAUCAAGAGGCUAGAGUCCCAAGUGGGGUAUCUAUCUCAACAGUUUUCCAAACCUACCGAUGGUUUCCCAAGUGACACAGAGAAGAACUCAAGAGGAGAAACAAAGAAAGUAAGGUGGAAAGAAUACAAGAUGAUCACUAUAAGUGAUGAGAGGAGUGUGGAAGAAGUGCCCACACAAACAGAACACUUCCAAGACAAUCCAAAGGAAAAGCAUGAAGGGAGAAAUCAAGCACCCCAUCCCACACACAGGGAGGAGCUAAAGAAAGGGGAGACCCUGAACCCAUAUGCACCCUUUCCCCAAAGGCUCAAAGAUGGUGUAGCAAAGAGAAUGUACUCAAGGUUCCUUGACAUGUUUGCAUCUCUUGAUGUAAAUAUACCAUUCAUUAAGGCCCUCCAGCAGAUGCCCUCCUACAUCAAGUACAUAAAGGAGCUGCUGGCCAAAAAGAGUUCACUAAAGGGCGGGAAAACAAUAAUGAUGAACAAGGAGUGCAGUGCUCUCAUUCAACCAGAGCCACCUACAAAGAAAAAGGAUCCAGGGACUUUUCACAUCCCCUGUGCUAUAGGAAAGACAAUUAUUGAUAAGGGACUCUGUGACCUGGGAGCAAGCAUCAACUUAAUGCCCCUAUCCCUCAUGAAAAAGCUUUAA